AUGCUUCGUCGCUUUACGAGAAACAUCUGCCGAUGCAGCGCUGCUCCAGCGCGCUUCAAUACUACGCCUUCUGCUGCUGCUGCUGCUGCUGCUGCAGGAACCGCAAAGGCGGGUGCAGGAUCCCGGACGGAAUACUCGGAGGCGAAGGGGCCAGUUGAAGUGCCAGUGCUUGACCAGCUCGUGGGCUACUACGUCAAUAUCCAGUCACGCAAGAUGUACUACAAGGACUUUCUUCGCAUUGAGCACCAGGCGGUGCGAUGGGCCUUUGCCGAUAUACGGAAGAACAGCGAGGCUCUCGCCCACGGGCUUCUGCAGACUGGUCUUCGUCCUGGCCAGCGCGUAUUGGCCAUUCAGCCGAGCAACUGCGAGACGUUUGUUUUGCAGUUGGCCUGCGCGAAGGUGGGGGCCUUGCUGGCGGUGGUGCCUCACCAGAACAUAAGCGCUGACAAGCUUCGUUUCUAUCUGAACGAGUUCCAGCCCAAUCACUUCGUUGCCCGCGAGUGGAUAGUUGUACCCGAAGUGAAGCAGGGAGUCUUGGUGGAGCGCAACAUGCACUUUUGGGACAUGAUCUACAACGUUAUUCCCGAGUUAGGCCUCUCUUACCCGGGGCAGAAGUUCCAGUGGGUGCACUCGCAGGAGUUUUUUUUCCUGAAGAAGGUCGUCAUCACGGAUCACAACAUGAACCUACUCGGUGUGACACCAAUGCGCAAGAUGCUCGUGUGGGGUCCUUUUUCGUACUAUGAGCAGCGCCUUCGCCGCCUCUCUGCUCUCUUGCACCCAGAUGACCCGAUUUUGGCCUUGGAGGAUUUUAAUCCGGCGGUGGAGGACAAGUUACACAUUACGUUUUCUCACCGGAAUUGCAUCAAUGCCGGGUUUCUUUUUGCGCAACUCAUGCAGCUCAAGGCGGAGACACGAUUUGGUGUGAUGCCAAAUCACCACACAAAUCCAGUGGGCUCCAUCAUUGCCCCGUACGCAGCGUUGACAUCAGGGGCUGUUCUUGUACAUAUCCACAGUGAUAUGUUUACUGACGACCAUGCCAUUAACGGUAUUGAAAAACUUUGUGUUGAGGAGGUUCAGGGUAUCCUUGGGAAGAAGGCAGAUUUUGACCUUUUGCUUUGCCAUACGGGCAAUUUUGACGCUGACCAAUACGAGCAUUUGAAGUGGGUAGCGCUGUUUGAAGAUGCCAGUGAUCCUUUUGUGAGCGAUGAAUACCUCCAAAAACUAGCAAAGGAACUUAGUCUCGAGGACGUGUUUGUGUUUCGAGGUCCACUGGAGAGCGCCUAUAUGCUCACAUGGCGUUCACUGAAGCGAGGGCAACGCGGGAUGGUUCCGCAUGCGGAGGCGAAAGUUGUGGGAGACCGCGGCACGGCUGAUGCAACGAUUCUUUCUGCCAAUACGCGAGGGAACUUGAAGCUCAAGGGACCGCAUAUUUCUCCAGGAUAUUACAAUAAUGCAGGUCUCUUAACGGAGCUAGUGGACGAGCGGGGGUUCUGCAACACCAGUCGUGAGGCGAUCAUGGACGAGAAGGGCAAUCUAACCCUGCAGCGGACCCAGAUCUACUAG